AUGGCGUCCGCCGAUGAGGUCUCCGGGCAGGAAUUUGAUUAUGAAGCCCUGCCUGCGAACUAUGGUCUCGGCCCCUCCAUGCUCGCUGGUGCCUUUGCCGGAAUUGCUGAGCACUCCGUCAUGUACCCUGUCGACCUUAUGAAGACUCGUAUGCAAAUCUUGCACCCGUCGAGCGGUGGACUGUACACCGGUAUCAGCAACGCUUUUUCUACCAUCUACCGCGCUGAGGGCUUGCGCACUCUGUGGAAGGGCGUAUCGAGUGUCAUUAUUGGUGCUGGUCCCGCUCACGCUGUUUAUUUCGGUACUUAUGAGGUGGUCAAGGACUUGGCUGGUGGCAACGUUGACGAUGGACACCACCCCGUCGCUGCUGCUCUCAGUGGUUCCGCCGCUACAAUUGCCAGCGACGCUCUUAUGAACCCUUUCGAUGUCAUCAAGCAACGUAUGCAGGUUCAUGGCUCUGUUCACAAGUCUCUGGCUCAGUGUGCUAAGACCCUCUACCGCACCGAGGGUCUCCAGGCCUUUUAUGUCUCUUACCCCACCACUCUUUGCAUGACUGUCCCCUUCACUGCCACCCAGUUUGUCGCCUACGAGUCCCUUUCCAAGGUUAUGAACCCUAAGGGCGAGUAUGAUCCCAUGACUCACUGCAUUGCUGGUGGUCUUGCCGGUGCUGUCGCCGCCGGUCUUACUACUCCUCUGGAUGUUGUCAAGACUCUUCUCCAGACUCGCGGUCUCGCCAGUAAUGAGGAAAUCCGCUCUGCCAAGGGCCUCUUCAACGCUGCCUCCAUCAUCAAGCGCCAGUUUGGAUGGGCCGGCUUCGUUCGCGGUAUGCGUCCGCGUAUCAUUGCUACCAUGCCCAGCACCGCUAUCUGCUGGACUUCUUAUGAAAUGGCCAAGGCCUACUUCAAGAAUGCCCAGAAGAACCUGGAGUAA